CUCAAGGGCAUGAAAAGAAUCUCGAUCUUACAUGAAACUUCCUACUCAUCUCCUGAUCUUACGUUCAAACUGACACAUUUUACAGAAAAUUACCCGCGUGCAAUAGAAUCUUGAUGGUACGUUAGGUCUUUGACACUAUGUCUUUCGGCUUCGGCGUUGGCGAUUUCAUCGCUGUUGGGGAGCUAUGCUGGAAGAUCUACACCCGGGUGUACAAGGUGUCGCGCGAUGCACCAGAGGAACUCCGGGCCUUGAUCCAAGAACUGGGCAAUCUCUCCAACACGGUGAACCUGCUAAAUGAAGAAGUACGAGAUCAGGAAGAGUGGAUGAAACGCGCGGGAGAGAGACGGCUGGAAUACACGUGUAAAGUCAUGGGUCAAGUCAAAGCAACUCUUCAGAAAAUGGAUCGAUUGGCAGAUAAAUAUGCGGAACUCGGCAAGGGAGAUGGUCUUGAAGGCUCAAGACGCCCAUUUCGAAUCCAAUGGAACCGAGUCAAAUUCGCAUUUGAGGUGUCUAGCAUCAACGAGCUUCGCGCGAAGUUCAUGUCUCACAAUUUCCACUUAACCCUUCUUCUGCAAGGUGCUCAAAAUUCAUCUCUGGAACGGAUUGAGAAUCAACAAUCAAAAACGGACAUGAAGCUGGACGAGCUUCGGAACCUCAUGAUAGGCUAUCGCAUUUCGCCCCAGGGACCUCUUCUGAAUGCUCCGUUGGACGAUGAGGACCGACAAGAACUCAGCGCAGCAUUCUUGAGAAGUGCAGAGAUUGGUAACAGGCCUUGGGCCUCAAUUGCCAUCGAUGACUGGCUGCAAGCAGGCAAAUGGUGGUUGUUAAAGGUUCGGUCACAAAUGAAUCGUCUAGCUGAAGGGACUGAGAUUAAAGCUCAUGCCUAUGUCAACCUACUUAAGGCAUGCUGGAUACUGGCGGAUAUCGUCUCAAUACACCCACAACGUGUUCAUUUAGGUGCGUCCAACGACAGAAGAAACGAAGACAUCCGGAAUCUCAGUCAGAUUGCGAAACGAAACUUGGAAGACUUUCCUGUUUUCGAAUUUGAGCUCCACGACGUUAAGGAGAAUGCCAUAAACAUAUGGCCCCAAUCUCCACCUUUAGAAACGAUUGCGCCUCGUCGGCAAUUCGGCAUCAAUCGAGAUAAUCUCGGCCUGCAGACUUCAAACGGAGAAGUUUUAUUUCAGUGUUUCGCCGAAAUACACCGCACAACUGAGGGAACUGUGGACACAGAGGAUAUUUCUGAAGAAUGCCUUCUUAUGUUGGAAGUACCGCGCCAGGGUAUUAAUCUCAACGUCAGGUUGAAAAGCUUUGUCGCGCACGAGAUAUGUUGGAUGAGAAACUCCGAUGCCUUGAAGGCGAUCCUACGGGGAUUCCAGCUGUUCUCGUUAGCAUUUCGGCCAAAUUUCUUGACAGCAUCAAUGGUUCAUUCCAUUUCCGUGCUAAGAAAUUGGCCGAGUGGAGAUUGGAACUGUCUCCUGUUUCGCAAUUAUGACAUUAGCUGCCCAGCCCGAUCCGACCCGCUUGCAAUGCUUUUAAGGACCAUCGUCGAUCAUGUAGUCAAGAAGGGUUAUGAGGAUAAGAGCUCAAGAUCAGAGUUUCUUGUCCGAGACUGUAUAGACGUUGAGUUCCUACCACCAGAGACUUUCGUUUGGAAGGUCAUCUGUUGGCACUGUAAAAGGUUUGCAGACAUGAAGCUGCUACUUGAAGGUUUCUAUAUCAUGCUUCGGUUACACGAUCCCUUGAUUCAAAGCGCAUUCCUGCGACUGGACCGCCAUUUUCUGGACCAGAUGGAGUAUUACCUGAACCAGAUUGUGCAUUACCUAAACCACAGAGACGGGUGGUGCCCUGAUGAUGUACUCAUCAUGGUCAAGGCAGCGCUGAGAUCAAACGAUGCCGGCUAUCUUUUAUGGAUUCUUGAGCAUGUUAACGCUGCGACGCUCUCCGAUCAUCAGACUGCUAUCUUCCAGUUGGUCUAUAACAGCAGACGUCUUGGUCACAUUGAUGCCAUGAUACAAGUCAUCGUUCCCCGCCCGGCGGACAUUGCAGCAGCCCUUGCCUGGUAUCUAAGCUCCAGUGAUGAGCAGAGUUUUGGGGAUUUCUUACAUAUGGUCGAAGUCCGAGGCGGGUAUUUUAAGGGCAAAACAACCGAAGAGAUAGACCUAUCGAACUUUUAUCCUGCCUUUGUGGCUGGAUGUGGUCGCUUGAUAGAGACGCAACGCCCGAAUACUCUCAGCAUCUAUCUCGACUCACUUGAGAAGCUAGGUAUUGACCUUUACAACAGCAAAGGUUGUAAUAACACACAUCUGUCUCAGCAUACUGUUCUACCGGCUUUACUCUCCCAAGAUCCGGCAUUUCUCCGAAUCCUACUGGAACGAGGAGUCGUAAUGGCAAUUAUGCCACCGUUCCUAAUGAAGUAUAGGACACGGAACUCUCUGGUAUCUACAACAAAUGCAGACCUCAUCAAGCUGUUUCAAUGUCUUCCGCCUCAAAUUCCACAUUGGCCUCUCUACUACGCCGUUAACCUUGUUUCUGAUGUAGAAUUCCUGCAGCUACUGUGUCGAUAUGGGCCAUCAUUGCAACAAGAGAGCUCAGGCACUGAGAAUGAAGAGCAAGUACAAGGAAUAUCCAAUCACCUUUCACGACUCUCAAGUCUGGAAGAUGCUAGACGCGAACAUUCGGAUACACUCCUGCUUUGUCAUAUGCUCAUUGAUGUGGGUAUCAAAGGAGUGCACUACUCCCUCCAUUCGGGCACUUAUGAUGUAAAAGUCGAUACAGUGGAAUAUAGAGAGACUUGGAUGUGUAUGGAGCGCCUUUUGCGCCGCGAUGGUUUCCUUCAUGAUAUCCGUAAAGGUACCCGGUGGAAACCCAAACCUGAACGGCUUUCGGAGUUGAUGUCUAGGUAUACUGAGUUUCCAGACCUGUGCCCCAAGCAUCUUCGAACACAAAGCGACUGGGACAAGUGGCGUGAGGAUGUCCUACAGAUCUUGGCGGAAUAAUCUAAGAAGCUUUGAUGGCUAAGUUUGAGACAAGACGGUGCCCCGUGAAGCGUAGUCCUCUUGUUAUUAGCCAGUUAUGAUCUAGCAUAUCAGAACUAGAAUGUUACUACAAGAUGUUAUGCGCGAGUCACAAACAUGAACAAGUCGGCUUUAGCUAGAACUCUCAGCUCAACCCCAGCUUUGCAGCAUGGAAAAUAUACCACCACCGGAC